AUGUCUGCAGCAGAUACCAUCCGACUUGGAUGGAUUGGUUUGGGCUCCAUGGGCCUAGCCAUGGCAACCAACCUACAAAAGCAUCUCGUAGACAACUCACUUCCUUCCAUAAGAUACUGGAAUCGGACGAUAUCACGUGGAGAGCCAUUGAAGCAAAUCGGCGGCAUAACGUCUCAAUCGCCAGAAGACCUCGUUGAUAAUUGCGACAUAAUCUUCAUCUCCGUCAGCGACGACACCGCCCUCCAAUCCCUCAUCAACCAAAUCUCCGCCGUCCCCUCCCUCCCCAACAAAAUCAUCAUCGACACCACAACUGUCCACCCCUCCACCACCACCUCCAUCACCACCCAGCUCUCCUCCUUAUCAGCAAUCUACCUCACCGCCCCCGUCUUCGGCUCCACGCCCGUCGCCCAAGCCGGCCAGCUGCUCAUGGCCAUCGCCGGCGCCCCCGACGCAAUCUCUACCGUGGCCCCAUUCCUGCAAGGCGUCCUCGCACGCGCCGUCAUCCCCGUCGGCUCCGACCCAUCUCAAGCCCUCCUCCUAAAAACGACAAGCAACUUCAUCACCGCGGGUCUCAUGUAUCUCCUCUCGGAAGCGCACACGCUCGCCUCCGUCUCGGGCCUACCCGCUGAUACGCUGCAUACGCUUGUCUCCGAGAACUUUGGAACCUAUGCGGCGGGCGUGUCGGAGCGGCUGAUUUCGGGCGCGUAUUGUCCCGCCGAGGGGGAGGCGCCGCGGUCGGGGCUAGAGUUGGGGAUUAAGGAUGUGGGGCAUGGGGUUAGGGUGGCGAAGGAGAAGGGGCUGGAGUUGAGGGUGGGCGAGAUGUAUCUUGAUGCGGCCGGGGAGGCGAAGGUGUGGGGGGAUGAGAGGGGAAGGAGGAUGGAUAGUAGUUCUGUGUUUGGGGUUGUGAGGGCGAGGGCAGGGUUGGAGUUUGAGACGGAUGUUGUUCGGAAGAGAGAUGCGAAGGCGAAGGACAGUCAUGUAGCAGCGAAGAGUUGA